GGCGCCCAAACAUGGACAGUAGUUUCGUAUUUGGCAACUCCUCAGCAUGUUGCAGGCCUAGUCUUAGGCAGUGGGUGAAACGUGACUUGUUGCUCGCUGGGAUUCUCUAUCAUUAUAUAAAUGCAAAUAUAUCACAUAUGGUGUUCGUUUUGCUUUAUAUCCAGAUUACCAACGCUGAUGCUUUCGGAGAUAUUUCGUUAAAAGAUCAUCAAGAAGCUAUUCAAUGAAGUGAGACACCUGUGUUUUGCAACACACAACAUGAAUUUGGAAUAAAUCUAUCUAUAUGUUCAGGUAAUACAAUUUUUAUACCAUUGUCAACAGC